GAACACAAGCCGAGGCUCCUCACUGAGAGCGAGAACCAGGAAGUGAAAGUGUACACAUGGAGGGUGUGUCUUUUCCUUCCACUCUAUCUUUUAUUUAAAAAAUAAAGUCCUCCUUGGAUAAAGAAUGGGGGACGCCGCGAAGGCUAAACGGCGGGAGCAGCUGAAGCGCUGGGCCGGCUCCUGCACCGACAGAGAGCCCGCCGUGCCUAGGCGGAGGUGGCGGGGCGAUGCCGAGGAUGGUGAGGAGUCGGAGGCCGUAAACAACGAGCAGCCGAGGGACCAGUGUGUCGGUGGAGACGGCAGUGAUACAAACAGCAGGGAGGCCUCCGAGCCGAGCAGCCACCUCCUCAAACGACGGAGGAGAGUGACGUUUGACCGGGCUGCCGAGUUCCUGGCUGCCUGUGCCAGCGGGGACACCGAGGAGGCCCAGGAGAUGCUCAAGGAGGCGAGGGACACCAAAAAGAGGAAUGGGGAAGAUCUGUCUGACAUUAUUAACUGUGCCAACGCCGAUGGCAUCACUGCCCUCCAUCAGGCUUGCAUAGAUGGCAGCAUGGAGAUGGUGUCCUUUCUUUUGGCGCAAGGUGCCAAUGUGAACCAGGUUGACAGUGAGGGAUGGACGCCACUGCAUGUAGCUGCUUCCUGUGGCCAUGUGGACAUUGCAGAUUUCCUUCUUCAGGAGAGUGCAUCUCUCUCUGCUGUCAACUGCGAUGGUGAUGUCCCUCUGGACAUUGCUGAGGACGAGGCCACUGAGUCUCUUCUUCAGGAGUACACGCUGAGACAGGGUGUGGACUUAGAGGCAGCCAAGCGGCUGGAGGAGGAGGAGAUCAUGAGAGAUGCUCGGACCUGGCUGACCGAGGGCCCACCCGUUGACAUACGUCAUCCCAGGACCGGGGCCACCCCACUGCAUGUGGCUGCAGCCAAGGGCUACCUGGAGGCCAUCAAGCUGCUGUGCCAGUGUGGGUUGGAUGUGUCGGCUAUCGACUGUGACGGCUGGACGCCUCUCCACGCCGCAGCGCACUGGGGGCAGGGGGAGGCCUGUCGCAUCCUGGCUGAACAGUUGUGCAAUAUGGAGGCUCGCAGCAACGGGGGUCAGACGCCAUUUGAUGUUGCCGAUGAAAGUGUCGAGGCACUCCUGGAAGAAUUAUCACAGAAACAAGCCAAUUGGCGUAAAGAACAGUCCAUAUUGGACAGACAAAACCAAGCAGGCUCCACUGCUGCAAAUGCUCAAAGCAAACGUCGGAGGAGCUCUGUGUGCAGGAUGAGCAGCAAAGACAAGAUGAACGUGCAGGACCAGUCCAAAGAGCGAGGCGUGUCCGGCGGCCUGGAGCUGAGCGAGGAGAGAGAGAGCAGCCCUGAAAGCUCCACUGUGUCCAGCCCAGACAGUGAGAGUGUGACCACGUCCACAGUCAGCCCCGCUGAUAAAACUCCAGAGGAGAGAGAUGAGGAGGAGAAGGAGCAGGACAGGGCUAACCGCACAGCACGAGUCCAGCCCACUCCUCAGAAGAGGGACGCCAUGGCUGAGAGUCCCAACACCCCCAACACUGACAGGCGCAAGUUCCAGGCUCCAGUCAGGGACGAGGAGUCUGAGUCUCAGAGGAAAGCGCGCUCUCGCCUAAUGCGCCAGUCUCGUCGCUCCACGCAGGGAGUGACUCUAACAGACCUGAAAGAGGCAGAGAGGAGUGUGAGCAAAGCCGCUGAUCCGCCGCCUCGCACCAUCCAGCCUGUCAGCCCCAUCGUCACUCUCACACCUGCGGAGAGGGAUACCGACCCAGUGAAGCAAGUGGAGCCGGAGGGAGAGACCCGGCUGGGAGUGAGGGACAGGAGGAGAGCGAGGAAAGAGAGACGCUCCACAGGGAUCGUGCAGAUGGAUGCAGAGAAUGAAGAUGAGGAUGAUACAAGCCGCACAGACAAUACGCAUGGUAACAGCACUUCCAAUGAAAGUCAACAGGGAGACUCGUCACUUGACUACAGAACGCUGUACCUGGCAGUACUGCAGGAGAACUGUUUGCUCAAAGACAAGCUGCAGGAGACAGAGCUGCUGCUCAGCCAGAACAAAGUGGAGCUGGAGAGACUCCGGCAGAGUCAGGAGAGCAGCACAGAGAGACCGGCCCUCCUGGAGCUGGAGCGCUUUGAGAAGCUGGCACUUCAGAAGAAAGCAGUGGAACUGGAGGAUGAAUUGAAGGUUCUGGUGGACCUCAGAGCAGACAACCAGAGGCUCAAGGAUGAGAACGCCGCUCUCAUUCGAGUCAUCAGCAAACUGUCUAAAUGAACCUCGGAAAACCCAAACAAGUGUUAAAGGAUUCCUCUGUUGCCCAACUCACAAGAUACAAACCAGGAUCAGAGAGCCCAGCAUCUCUGAUUCAAAACAACAAACAAACAAAAAACAAAAAAAAACAACAAGAGACAUUGCUCAGUAACUGGAACAGGAGGUAGAUUGCGGGGUUAUUUUCCUGUGGUUGGUGCCUCUAUGUUUUGGCAAAUCUACUGUAUAACAAGCUCAACUGCACCUCCUAUGUGUUUACUGGGUACUUUAGGGUAUUCCUGUUUAAGUCAGUUUUUAUGGUAUUUUUUUAACUGGAAUAUUUUAUGUGCUUUGCUCCAUUACUUUGUUGUAGGAAUUAUGUAUUGAGAGACUUAAAGCCAUGCACAGUGCAAGCUCAGUAAUGUUUUAGAGAGCAUACUACUAGACCUCUGAGAGAGGUGGGGGAAUGUCAGUCAGAUGUGUGAGAUUUAAAAAAAAAAAAAAAAAAAAAAAAAAGGCUCAGCUUUUUGGGGGGUUUAUUAGAAUAA